ACUUGUCUUCUUCACAGAUCCUAUCUCCUCCGGGGUGAACCGUAAUCCGCGAGUAGUCCUAUUGCCAAAUAGACGAGCGUGGGUCACGUUUCUCUCACGCCGAACGGUAUACCGCGGUGGCUUUGACAUCGCCACCGGCACACGAGGUAUUGUCGCCGAUACCGUAGGUGGGAAUCAGUACGUCGGCGCCUAUCGCGGCGUGCAGACCUCGACGAUGUGUUGCGGCGCGUUCCAACGUGCGCGCAAAAAAACGAGCGACUGAACUUGGCGUCGAGGCAAAACGUUUCUCCAAACAAACCUCGAGAUACCCGGGGGUUCGUUGAAGUGCUUGUCCCAAUUGGUCCACCCUUCUCGCAACGAUGCUGAUCCCGAAAUGCUAAAUGAUCUCUUGCGUGCUUACCCUUCGAGUCAUCGGACGAUUUAAUCUCCAGUGAAAGAAAAAACGCGCGUGCGGUGAAUUCGGCAGUGAAAUUCGAUGCUUCGUUCUGACACGCGGCAAUUAGUCCAGCUGCUAGAUAUCAGAAAAGAUACGUCCCCACGCGACGUGGACGGGGAACUCCCUCGUUGUGGACGCGCGCGACGGGGAUUAUCGGUUCAUGAGGGUGUCAGAUAGAAGCGGGCAAGUUCAGGUAGAAAAGCAGAUAGCGCGUAAACUUCUCUAUCCGAUCACAUCGGCGAUACUUUCAUCGUGCGCGUGUCUCAUGUCGAUGCAACUAGAACAAGAAGAUACCCACUACAAUAAGGACAACGCACACCUCUCUAUCACGUAGACUAUUCAUUCGAGCGGGCGUUUUUACCGUUCUUCAGUCUCUCGACUAGAACGUUGGAUAGUCUUCUGGCGAAGACUUCUAAGAGUCUGCCUACAAAUCGCACAAUGUUUUGCUUCCAAAGUCCCUUCACGCGAUCAUCGCGUGGCGUUAUGUCCACCGCAUCGCUGUCGAAGAACAAGUCCUCACUGACCAAUGCGAUUCUAUCGCCCACCGCCAGAACGUCCAAUAUGAGCGAGAGCAACCGACGCGGUUCCGAAGCGACCAGCGAGGGCUCCAACUCUUCCAUCAGGUACAUCGAUCAGGAGGCCUCGAUGUCCGGCGGUAGCAGCACGGACACAUUACCGGGUAUCCGUGCUGAUUACCUCGAUCCUGAACCCUUAUCACCUGGAGCGGACGCUCUAACUUCGCCUAGCGGCAUAAUGGUCGUUUUGAACGGCAACAAUACCAAUGACCAACAGUUUCCGAUGCCGGAUGAGAGCCAUCAGAUUACGCGUUCUCUACCGUCGCCGAAGAAGUUGAACAACAACGGCAGCAGUUGGCGUCGCAAGCUCAUGCUGCGUCUUCGUUCCAACGAUUCCUCGAACUUGAACAACGGCGAGAUACGUUCUUCUUCGACGUCUCCCUCGCCCGCGAGCGAAUCGAUGGCGGAGUCUUCGUCUUCAUCAAGGAAUCCUCGUGUAGACGAGGGGCAACAAGGUGGCACGACCGUCUCGUCGCCGUCGGUGCAGAUCGACGUGAUCGACGAGAGCCCUCAGGUGGCUGCCGCCUCUGUCAGUGAUAUACCAUCUCUGGAGAAUGGUUUCAGCGAGCCCGAGGAUGAAAAUGACGACGAAGAGGAUGAGGAGGAGGUCUCUCCGGAGACCGAGACCGAGGAGGGUUCAUCUUUGCCGUCCAGCCCAGCAGCCGCGUCCACCGUCGGCCUGACUACUUCCGCGGCGCCUUAUUACGACUUCCUGUCGGUAAACAGCGGUACCAUGCGGCAGGAAACCACCAGUACCAGCUCGCCGCAGCUAUCGUCCGGCGCGAGUUUGCGUUCCAGCGUGGAGUCACCACCUGCUGACACCUGCAGCUCCUACGGUGAGGACAGUAGCCCGGGCAUGGACUCGCUGAAGCCCGAGGGCUUGGACGCGUCUGGGUGCCUGCCAGCUGCAAGAUCUUGUCCGAAUCUGGAGCGGCAAAGCGCCGGCUGCUCAUCAGCCAGCGGCUCGUCGAGCGCGAGCCCGAGUCCGGGACCAGCCGGGCCUCGUUUCAAACCUCUCGAGGAAGGCGACAUACAGAUGUGCUAUCUGAAUCAUACCCGGACCCUAGUGAAGAAGAUCCUGUCCAGCAAAUUCCUCAGACGUUGGGAAACUCAUCAUCUCUAUCUUAAUGAUGCUUGCUUGUCCUCCAAGACGCUCACGGGUUUUCUUCAGCAACCUAUUCCGUACAGCAGCAUGUCGGAGGUCCGGAAAUACGUUGUCGCCAGGUGGGAUCCCGCAUAUAAAAACUGCCUCAGCAUCGUUUUGCCGGACGGUUCGCUUCUUCUGCAAGCUAACAACGCUUACACGAGAGACCAGUGGUACCAUUCGAUAUUAUGGAAGAAAAGUAUCUUCAAGUAUCAACAUUUCGUCUCGAUGAACUCUCGGGAAGAGGUAAUAUUGCGCGAAUUGCGCACCAUGGUGGACUUUGCCCUGUGGACACCGCUCCAGGAUGAGAGAGUGGCAGGCGCCCCGCUGGAGGCAGUUGCUAAAUUGUUGGACGAACCCAGCAUGGAGCCUGACUUGGACGGGAAAACAGAGGAGGUUGUUCGUGAUCGUAGGAGCUGGGCGGAGGCCGUUCUCGCAGUGGUGGCUCCGCUUUUGGAAAAAGCGGCACCGCCGGCGGCGCUCGCGAGGGCACUCGCCAAACUGGCGCAACAGCAUCCGCGAUCGCAACUGGUCCCGAUGCUCAGUCCGGCGAUCACGAGAUGCCUGAAGCACACCGUUGACUUUGGCAAGUCGCCGGACAUGAGAAAGCUGUUACAGGUGUUCGUCGCCGCUUUGUACGAGAACAAUGACGGUGAGCAAGCGAUCAGGGAUUACAUCUCGUCGAUUCAUGGACCGGGUAGCGAUUGUCCACACCCGAGAGUGCUUCCCAAUCUCAUGUCCAUCUGUGUUGCGGCUAUAUUUCACAGGUUCGAAGUGUCGAGUCGCGCGUCAUCGAAUGAGGACAAACCACCGUCGUUGCCGCCAUUGCAGUGUUAUUUGCUCGUCUUGAAUAUCGCGUCGGAAUACGCUGACUGGCGUUCGGGUCUUGGAGCACUGCUGCAACCUGUCCCAUUCCCAGAAGAGGCUUUGGCCGUGAGAGAAGUUCAGGAGUCCGUACUGAUGUGCGUGAUGCAACGACUGGCGAAAGACCCGAGAUGCACGGUGCAUCGCGUCUUGCUUCCCGUCAGGGAACCACGUCCAGGGUGGAUCCACAUCGCCGCACCGUCCAGCCCGGCUUGUCCAGAUCGUGGGGAACUAUUUGGCGAUAUGCUCACGACUUUGCUGGCGUGCUGCUGUCGGCGGAAGAGAUUCAUCGCAUCCCUGUUAAAGCAAGCGGGUGAUGAUUGCAUUCUGCUGGCGGUGCGGGGUUGCGACGCUGCGCAGGAAGCGCUCUGCUUGAUGCUCGAGUGGCGCUUACUGCCGAACGAGGAGGCGAGACUUCAAAUAGUUAACACGCUUGAGUCCACGGAAUCCGGAAAGGAGCGCUACGCCGCUCUCUGCCAGAGGCAGAAAAAUCUCCAGGAGUUGCAACAAAAGGGUGGACCCCGGAAAUUAACUCUCCCAGUUCGAGCGACCGAUGCCGACGUUGCCCUUCUGUUAGGCGGUCGUGCUCUCGGUAAUCUCGAAUGCCUCAGCCUGGCCUUCACCUCUGUGACGUCCGCGUGUGCGGAACAAUUGAUAAAGUUACCGGCGCUGAGAUAUUUGAACCUGUGGGCUACGCAGUUCGGCGACGCCGGCCUACAGAUGAUUAGCGAGCAUCUGCAGAAGCUGCAGGUGCUGAACCUCUGCGAGACGCCAGUGUCCGAUAAAGGCAUCUCCACGUUGGCCU